ACAAGGGGGCGGGAACAAUGAGUAUUAAGUUAGCAUAUAGUAGAGCACAUCGUAGUUUCGUCACGGUGGUGGGGUUCAUUCUUUGUUAUUCUUCGACCAGAAUAUAUUUUUCUUCUGUUUCAAAGCAGUUAGGAAUAGUGACUUACCAAACACCCACUUAUUUCGGUCAUUUUAGAAUUAACCCUGCCGUGUGUCGCCGUGAUUGAAUCGUAGCAACAAAGCUAACAGCAUCAACGGUACCGUCACUUGAGAGAAACCCAACAAAAACAGCACGUUUUUCUUGACAGUUAUUCAAGUUUUCGGCGUUGUCUUGGUCUGUGACCGAAGAUGUAUCGACCGAAACCGAGUCUAAAGGACAGGCAGCACCUGUACAGGCUGAUCAUAAGCCAGCUGCUGCACGAUGGCUACACCAACGUCGCCAACAGUCUCAUCAAUGAAGUCAAGCCACAAAGUGUGGUUUCACCAUCCGAGCAGCUCAUGCAGCUGGCAAAAAUUGGGAUGGAGAAUGAUGACAGCGCGGUUCAGUACGCCAUCGGGCGCUCAGACACAGUAGCACCUGGCGUGGGCAUUGAUCUGGAAUUCGAUGCAGAUGUGCAGACCAUGUCUCCGGAGGCGUCCGAGUACGAGACGUGCUACGUGACCUCUCAUAAAGGACCCUGUCGGGUUGCAACAUACAGUCGAGACGGCCAGCUGAUCGCCACCGGCUCUGCUGAUGCCUCCAUAAAGAUACUGGACACCGAACGCAUGCUGGCCAAAAGUGCCAUGCCCAUUGAGGUUAUGAUGAAUGAGACGGCUCAGCAGAACAUGGAAAAUCACCCAGUGAUCCGAACGCUCUACGACCACGUGGACGAGGUCACCUGCCUGGCCUUCCAUCCCACCGAGCAGAUCCUUGCUUCUGGCUCAAGAGAUUACACCCUCAAACUCUUUGACUACUCCAAGCCCUCUGCAAAAAGAGCAUUUAAAUAUGUACAGGAAGCAGAAAUGCUGCGUUCCAUCUCUUUUCAUCCAUCUGGAGACUUCCUCCUGGUGGGAACGCAGCACCCGACCCUCCGUCUGUACGACGUCAACACCUUCCAGUGUUUUGUGUCGUGUAACCCCCUGGACCAGCACACGGACACCAUCAGCGGCGUCAGCUACAACCCCACGGCUAACAGCUACGUCAGCUGCAGCAAGGACGGCAGCAUCAAACUGUGGGACGGCGUCUCCAACCGCUGUGUGAGCACCUAUGACAAGGCCCACGAUGGAGCAGAGGUCUGCUCGGCCAUCUUCACCAAGAACUCCAAGUACAUCCUUUCCAGCGGGAAGGACUCCGUGGUCAAACUGUGGGAAAUCUCCACAGGCCGAACAUUGGUCAAAUACACAGGUGCUGGUCUGAGUGGUCGUCAGAUGCAUCGCACGCAGGGUGUGUUCAACCACACGGAGGAUUACGUCCUCCUGCCUGACGAGCGCACCAUUAGCCUGUGCUGCUGGGACUCACGUACCGCCGAGAGGAAGAACCUGCUGUCUUUGGGUCAUAACAACAUCGUCCGCUGCAUCGUCCACUCGCCCACCAAUCCCGGUUUCAUGACCUGCAGCGACGACUUCAGGGCCCGCUUCUGGUACCGACGUACGACCACUGAUUGAUGUCCUCUUCCCCUCACAGCAAAAUCUUUUUACGUGGAACACGAGUGGCCAAAGUGUGGCCAGCAGCAUGAAAAUACAAUUCAACAAAACUACAGAAAAAGGCAUAGAGAAACAAAAAUGUUUGGACUUUGUCCGGACUCUUCUGCAUUUACUUCCUUGUUUUUUUUCUUAUUCUGAUAUGUUUAAUCAUUUCAAUCCUACACCAUGUUUGUCCAAAAAUAGGUCCAAAUAAAAAAAAAAAGCUUUUACACUGCGUCUUAACGUCUACCGCCCCUUCCUGCAUGCAAAGCACGUGUUGUGCAUAGGGAACAAAAAGGUAUAAUGAUUUAAACAAAAAAACAAACAUGAUUAUCAUACUCUACUUACUGGAUCGGUUCACAGCCGAGUGUGAAGCGGCCAGGAUUUGAAUCAGCACCUCCAGGUCCGAGUCAAUGGUUCUUGCCCGGAAAAGGGUGGAGUGCCAUCUCCGGGUCAGGGAUGAGGUCCUGCCCCAAGUGGAGGAGUUCAAGUAUCUCGGGGUCUUGUUCACGACUGAGGCAAAUUGUUGCGGCGUCUGCAGUUAUGCACACUCUGCAUUGGUCCGUUGUGGUGAAGAAGGAGCUGAGAAGAAAGGCAUAGCUUUCAGUUUACCGGUCGCUCUACGUACCUACCCUCACCUAUGGUCAUGAGCUUCGGGCAUGACCAAAAGGACAAGAUCACAGGUACAAGCGGCCGAAAUGAGUUUUCUCCGUAGGGUGUCUAGGCUCUGCCUUAGAGAUAAGGUGAGAAGCUCUUGAGUAGAACCGCUGCUCCUCCGCAUUGAGAGGAGCCAGAUGAAGUGGCUUGGGCAUGUGGUCAGGAUGCUUUCUGGCUGCUUCCCUCGGGAAGUGUUCAGGGGACAAUCGACCAGCAGGAGGCCUCGGCAAAGACUCAGGACCCUCGACUGGCCUGGAAACACCUCUGGAGGAGCUGACGAAGUGGCUGGGGAGAGGGAAGUCUGGGCUUCCCUGCUUUAGGCUGCUGCUAAUGCAACCUGACCUCGGAUAAGUGGUCGAAGAUGGAUGGACAGAUCAUACCUGCCAACAUUUGCAUUGAUGUGCUUUUAUAUUUAAGGUCUGACUUUACCGGCUACCCACAGUAGCGAACAUGUAUUUUUUAUUUUUAUCAUCAUUAAAAUAUGGUGAUUAUCGCCCGCAAAGCCUGUUGCUAAUAAAAGCAAAGCAACAUUGUAACGCUUAGUAGAAGAUGUACACACCACUGGCAAAAACAAUUGUAGAUUUAUUAUGAUAAACUAUCUGAAAUAAAGUUGAGAAAAUA